AUGGCCAAGCGACCCUGCCCCUCCCAAAACCCUAGAAUCCCAAACCUGAACCAAUUGGACAGGGAUCAGCUUCUGGACACAUUUCUCGAGUUCUCUGACUCGCCCCCUUUCGCCAUCGACCUCUCUUUUGAGAGGCUUCUCGAGUCCAGGUCCUGCGAUGCCGAUCAGACCAAGCUCAUCGAUCGCGCUCUCCAAUUGGGCUCUGUGCUUCUCGAGGCUGCUAAGCGCUCUGCGAGAAAACGAGCCUCCAAGCACAACUCUCUCACCUGGGCCCUCCCUCCCGACCUCACCAUCAAGGUCUUUUCCAUGCUUGAUACACAAAGCCUAUGCUAUGCUGCAGCUACUUGUUCAAUGUUCAAUAAAUGUGCCAUGGAUCCUUCUUGCUAUGCCAAUAUUGACUUGACAACAGUUGUCCCAAAAGUUAACAAUGCAGUUGUUUCCACAAUGAUUCAACGAGCUGGGAAAGCUCUUCAGUCUCUUAAGCUUGGUGUAGUUCCAGGCCCAACUACGCCGCUUGGAUCUUGUCAGCCAUUAGUUUAUACCAUCAGGAAUUCUGUAGAUGUUUCCAACUUUUCAUGGAAUGAUAAGAGAUCCAGGCAAGGGAAGGAGUCAUCUGUUCUUACCAGAUCCUGUUUAAGCCCUUUAGGCGGGAAUAGUGGUGCUCCAGGGACUCUUUUGAGAAGGUUGCACCUUUACAAUAUUGAAAGGAUGGAUAAUACGUCACUUUGUGGGGCAUUAGUGGCCUGUCCAUUUCUCCUUGAUCUGGAAAUUGUUGGCCUUCAUGUUGAAUUGAGGCAAACAUUGCAAUCUGUGAGUGCAAACUGUCACUUGAUAGAGCGUCUGUUCUUUGAAUCUUCAAAAACAGGUAGAGACGACAGUUUGAAAUCACCAACUUGUGUUGAUCUUAUGACUGAUUGCCCUCAUCUUACGUCACUGGCCCUCAGAGGAUUUAAGUUGCAUGAUUAUAAAGUUCGUAUACUUCUGAAGGGAUUGAGGAAAUUAAAGUAUGUUGAUUUUUCAACAUCCUACUCAAUCACUGGAGCAUUUUUAAGGAACCUCGGAAGCAACACAGGUGGGAAUCUGCUGGAAGUCUUAAUUUUGCGUGAUUGCAUGCAUCUCAAAAUGGUGGAGGCUGCUCGGUUGAUGACGGCAGUUCUUGCUGGGGAUUUCAAGUUCCUUAAACAUCUUGAUAUAUCUAAUAGAGAAGGCUUGGCAUCCGAGAAUGACUGGUAUCAUAGAUGCUACAGCACAAGUACAAUUCCCAUAAGGCGGGUGUUGGAAGAAAGGCCUAAUCUCUGUCUGUUGGCGGAGUUUCCGCCAGAAGGAAGUUACGCCGACAUUGAUCAAAUGUUUGACAGCGAGCCAUAUAGUGAUAUCAGUCUGCCAUCAGCAUCGCAGAUGAGCAGUCCUUCAUCCGAUGGUUCAAUGUUUGUGAGUUUUUCCGAGAGCAGUUACAAUAGUGAUCAUGGUAGUGGCAACGAGGAUGCUCGAGAUGCUGGUUAUGUUAUCUAUGAUGAAAGCUCAGACGAGGUAGACUAUGUGGCUGUGUAG